GGCAUCUCGCGCUUCCCGGAAGCGGUACCGCAGAAUCAUGGCGACCGUCUCCGUGUGUCAGUAUCAGCCCAGCGGUUUCAGUUUCGAAAACUGCAAGAGAAAUGCUCUUCUGGAAGCAGACUGCGCGAAAUUUGGGUUCAACGCCCCAGCCGCUCGCAAAACCGGCACCACCAUCUGUGGUAUUGUUUUUAAGGAUGGUGUUGUUUUAGGUGCCGACACACGAGCGACUGAAGGAAUGGUUGUGGCUGAUAAAAAUUGCUCUAAAAUUCACUACAUCUCUCCCAAUAUCUAUUGUUGUGGAGCUGGUACCGCGGCAGACACGGAGAUGACCACGCAGAUUAUCUCCUCAAAUCUUGAGCUCCACUCUCUGACCACCAGCCGUCUCCCUCGAGUCGCCACUGCCAACCGCAUGCUCAAGCAGAUGCUCUUCAGGUAUCAGGGAUAUAUUGGUGCGGCAUUAGUUCUUGGAGGUGUUGACUGCACCGGCCCGCACUUAUACAGCAUCUAUCCUCACGGUUCAACAGACAAACUGCCCUAUGUCACUAUGGGUUCCGGCUCUCUGGCAGCCAUGGCAGUCUUUGAGGAUCGCUUUAAGCCUGACAUGGAGGAGGAAGAGGCCAAGGGUCUGGUGCGAGAUGCGAUCGCAGCCGGUAUCUUCAAUGAUCUGGGCUCAGGCAGCAACAUUGAUCUGUGCGUGAUCACCAAAGGGAAGGUGGAUUACCUGAGACCACAUGAUGUGGCCAAUAACAAAGGCGUCAGAACCGGAAGCUACCGAUAUAAGCGUGGAACCACCGGAGUGCUGACGAAGACCGUGACUCCUCUGAAUAUGGAGGUUGUGGAGGAGAGCAUUCAUACCAUGGACACCUCCUGAGAUCACAGUCACAACUCUUUGAUCUGUUUUUUCCCUCAUAACCAUUUUCCUUAUGUGGUGGUAUAGUCAUUUUCCAUUAUUUCCAAUAAAAGAAGUUGAGUCAGUUUA